AUGGCCAUGGAAGAAGCUCGCACGAGAGUCGAGCACCUCAAGCUGACUGAAGAGAAGCUGGACCCUCCUCCGGACAAGGGCAAGGCCGUCGAUAAAUCCUCAGACAUCGAAGGCUCCCUGCAAGAAUUCAAAAUGGGCGUCGAGGAAUCUGUCUACCUAGCGAAGCUCGCCGAGCAGGCUGAGCGCUAUGAAGAGAUGGUCGAGAACAUGAAGGUGGUCGCCUCCGCAGAUCAAGAACUCUCCGUCGAAGAGCGAAAUCUCCUGUCCGUCGCCUACAAGAACGUCAUUGGUGCCCGCCGUGCCUCGUGGAGAAUCGUCACCUCGAUCGAGCAGAAGGAAGAGUCCAAGGGCAACGAGGCUCAGGUUAAGCUCAUCAAGGACUACCGUCAGACCAUCGAGAGCGAGCUACAAAAGAUCUGCCAGGACAUUCUUGAUGUAUUGGAUAAGCACCUGAUCGCUUCUGCUCAGACUGGCGAGUCCAAGGUCUUCUAUCACAAGAUGAAGGGUGACUACCACCGAUAUCUCGCCGAGUUUGCCGUCUCCGAGAAGCGAAAGGGAUCUGCGGACCAGUCUCUCGAGGCUUACAAGAGUGCCACCGAAAUCGCUAGCACUGAUCUUGCUCCCACUCACCCUAUCCGCCUCGGUCUUGCCCUCAACUUUUCGGUUUUCUACUACGAGAUCCUCAACUCCCCCGAUCAGGCUUGCCACCUUGCCAAGCAGGCUUUCGAUGAUGCGAUUGCCGAGCUCGACACGCUCAGCGAAGAAAGCUACAAGGAUUCCACUCUCAUCAUGCAAUUGCUCAGAGACAACCUGACCCUAUGGACCUCAUCAGAGGCCGAGCCUCAGGAGUCAAGCGGCGCUGGUGCUUCUACCGAGGCUCCCAAGACCGAGGAGGCUCCCGCUGCAGCUGAGACUGCCCCGAGAGCCAAGGCCGAGUAG